AUGCCGUCGCGCCGUGCAGAGCAGCUCGGUGGGCUGUCGGUCACGGCGCUCUGCGCCGCUGGGCACUGGGCUUGCCGGUGGAGGUCCCUGGGCUACACCGUCUCUGGAUCAACCAAUGUGGUUUACCAAGCCCAUCACGUCAGCAGGAGUAAGAGAGGACAAGUCGUUGGUACCAGGGGUGGAUUCCGAGGCUGCACGGUUUGGCUCACAGGCCUUUCUGGAGCUGGCAAGACCACCAUUGGCUUUGCUCUGGAGGAGUACUUGGUUUCUCACAGCAUCCCUUGCUAUUCCCUGGAUGGCGAUAACGUUCGGCAUGGCUUGAAUAAGAACCUGGGUUUCUCGGCUGAGGACCGCGAGGAGAACAUCCGCCGCAUCGCAGAGGUGGCCAGGCUGUUUGCUGACGCUGGCCUCGUCUGCAUAACCAGUUUCAUCUCUCCUUUCACAAAGGAUCGUCAAAAUGCACGGAAAAUUCACGAGGCAGCUGGGCUUCCUUUCUUCGAAAUCUUUGUAGAUGCUCCUCUAAAUAUUUGUGAAAGCAGAGACGUGAAGGGCCUGUACAAAAAGGCAAGAGCGGGAGAGAUCAAAGGGUUCACGGGGAUUGACUCGGAGUACGAGAAGCCCGAAUCUCCUGAACUGGUGUUGAAAACGAACGUCGCGUCGGUGUCUGAGUGCAUUCAGCAGGUGGUGGAGCUCCUCCAAACAGAAAACAUCGUGCCCCAUGGCUCAGUUAAGGAUGUUCUUGAGCUGUUUGUACCUGAAAACAAACUCGACCACGUCCGAGCUGAAGCAGAGAUGCUGCCGUCGGUAGAGAUCACCAAGCUGGAUCUGCAGUGGGUGCAGGUGCUGAGCGAAGGCUGGGCCACUCCGCUGACCGGCUUCAUGCGCGAGGCGGAGUACUUGCAAGUGAUCCAUUUUGGCACCCUGCUGAAUGACGGCGUUGUCAACCUGAGCAUCCCCAUCGUGCUGCCCAUCUCGACCGAGGACAAGGAGCGGCUGGAGGGCUGCGAGGCGCUGGCGCUCAGCUACGCGGGGCGGCGGGUGGCGGUCCUGAAGAGCCCCGAGUACUUCCAGCACAGGAAGGAGGAGCGCUGUGCCCGCGUCUGGGGCACCACCUGCGCGAAGCACCCGCACAUCAAGAUGGUGAUGGAGAGCGGGGACUGGCUGGUUGGUGGAGACCUCCUUGUGCUGGAGAAGAUCAAGUGGAACGAUGGGCUGGACCAGUACCGCCUGACCCCGCUCGCGCUCAAGCAGCGGUUCAGAGAAAUGAAUGCAGAUGCUGUCUUUGCAUUCCAACUGCGCAACCCCGUCCACAACGGGCAUGCCCUGCUCAUGCAGGACACGCGGCGCCAGCUUUUGGAGAGGGGUUACAAAAACCCCGUGCUCCUCCUGCACCCUCUGGGAGGAUGGACCAAAGAUGAUGACGUCCCGCUGGAGUGGCGGAUGAAGCAGCACGCGGCAGUGCUGGAGGAGCAAGUCCUGGACCCCAAGUCGACCAUCGUUGCCAUCUUCCCCUCUCCCAUGCUCUACGCCGGCCCCACGGAGGUGCAGUGGCACUGCCGAGCUCGCAUGGUUGCCGGGGCCAAUUUCUACAUCGUGGGGCGCGACCCUGCGGGCAUGCCUCACCCCGAGACCAAGAAGGACCUCUACGAGCCCACGCAGGGAGGCAAGGUCCUCAGCAUGGCGCCGGGCCUGACCUCGGUGGAAAUCAUCCCCUUCCGGGUGGCUGCUUACAAUAAACUGAAAAGGGCCAUGGAUUUUUAUGACCCAAAAAGGCACGACGAUUUUGACUUCAUCUCCGGAACGCGCAUGAGGAAGCUUGCUCGCGAAGGUGAAAACCCCCCAGACGGCUUCAUGGCCCCCAAAGCUUGGAAAGUCCUGACCGAGUACUACCAGUCGCUGGAAAAGAAGAAUUAACGCUACUCCUCCUCCCUAGAAUACUUGUAUUAAGAGUGAGCAAUGAUUGAUUGAUUCCCUGUGACACAGAUCAGUUACUUGGCAUUUCCCAUGCUCCGACUGUGGGCUCUUCCCGCCUGGGUCAGAGCGUGUUUCACUAAUCAGAAGUACCCUGAGCCUGGUCCUUCUCCCCUUGAAGCUGCCAGGCUCUCCCCGUGGAGCUGGAAGGGGAGGGCAGCAGGCCCUUCGUUCCCAGCUGAGCGCGGCGGCGGGGAGCCCAGCACGGCCCUGGACGGCCCAUCCGGAUCACUUUGGUGCCGCCAGAGCUGCGCACUGGCCCCCGGUACAGAGCUGGGACCUCGGCACCGGGAUAAAAACGCCCCUGUCCCCUGCGCGGGGCGGAAAUGAAGAAGUGCCUUCUGCUGC